ACAAAUAAAAGAAUUCUUCCACCUAUUAAAAUUAAAAUUUAUGAUGUUGAUCUACCAAUUGUUAAUAAUGUUAAGUUUUUGGGUAUUUGGUUGGAUCACAAAUUAUCUGGCGUCAAGCAUUUUGAUUAUGUCUCACAGAAAUGUGAGAAAAAUAUUAAUAUUCUUCGCUCAUUGUCUGGUGUCUGGUGGGGAGCUCACCCCGUCACUCAAAAAUUACUAUACAAUGCCAUAAUUCGCACUCAUUUAGAUUAUGGCACUAUGUUCUUAAUCCCAGCAAACAAAGCAGGUCUAAAUAAAUUGGACAGAAUUCAGGCUAAAUGUUUACGUUUAGUAUUGGGAGCUAUGAAAUCCAGCCCUAUUAAUGCAAUGCAAGUAGAAUGUGUGGAUCCUCCCCUCUCACUACGUAGACAAUUCCUUGCCAAUAAAUUUUUCUUUAAACUAGCUGGCUGCCGAGCUCAUCCCUUACUCCAAAAAUCAGAACAAUUAGCUGUUUUAUACAAUGAUAAUAAUAUUGUACCUGAAGACAAAAGACCUUGCGUUAUAAAUAGUUACCUUUUAUUUUCUCAGCUCUCUAACCCUCUCUUUCAAUAUUCUAAAUUGCCUUUAUUUUCUAUGCCUUUCAAUGCUCUUACUUUCCAACCCUCAGUAAUUUUAGACUUAGGUGUUGAUAAGUUUUCUAUAGAAGCAAAUAAAACUUUUUCUCAUAUAAUGGACUCAGAUUUUCGACAUUGGUAUAAAAUCUACACGGAUGCUUCAAAAACAGACAUGAGUCCGGUUGGGGCUGCAGUAUGGAUUCCCUCAACAAGAAUUAUACUGAGUUAUAGCUGCCCACCCACCACUUCUGUGUUUACAGGGGAAUCAAUCGCCAUUCUUGAAGCUAUUCUAUUUGUUAAGUCUCACAACAUGAACAAUUCUAUUAUCCUUUCAGACUCUAAAAGUUGCCUCCAAUCAAUUCUCUCAAAUCCGUUUAAGACAAAAAGUCAGUUUCCCAUCAUUCUCAAAAUAAGAGAAACUUUGAAAGAGUGCUAUGAACUCAAAAUUAACAUAGUUUUAGCUUGGAUUCCAGGUCACAUGGGCAUCUCUGGUAAUGAAAAUGCAGAUGCCUGUGCUAGAUCAGCUGCUCAUUCAGGUUCCUUUCAGUAUUCAGAAAUAUUCACUCAUGACUUGUGCUCUACCCUGAAACCCAAGAUGUAUGAGAGUUGGUCAAACAUUUGGCAAGUUUCCAAAACUUUAAAAGGCAAAUUUUAUGGAGAACUCCAACCAGAAAUUCCUCAAAAACCUUGGUUCUCAAAAUGUAGGAUUCAUAAUAAAACAAUAAUCUCAACUAUAUGCCGCUUACGUUUAAACCAUGCCUGCACUCCAGUCUUUCUAGCAAAACUUAGAAUUAGGGAUCAUUCUCUAUGUGAUUGUGGCUUUGAUGAGGGAAACAUGGAUCAUUUAUUCUUUUGUUGUCCCUUAAUGCAAUCUUCUCUGCACAAUUAUAUACCCGCUGAAGUCCCCCGUCCAACCUCCGUUAAAUGUCUCCUCUCCCUAGUUUACACUCCUUUUGUAAAUAUUUUGUGUAAAUAUAUUAAAAUAAAUAAGAUUAAGUUAUAUUAUUAGAAAAUUAAACUUUAUGUAAUCUGAACACCGAUUAUUACCGUUAAACUUAGAAGACACAUACUCAAAGCUUGGUAGUCUAAUCUAACGUGAUUCUGGCAAAUCUGUGGUAUAUCUUCCACAGAAGCCACAGUAGGAAGAAUAGAAUAGAAUAGA